AAGCUUUCAUAUGUGAUAAUGGCACUGAAUUUUCUAAUUCUCUUCUCAGAGCUGUUUGUAAGCUGCUGGAAACUAAGAUAAACUUUACAACCCCUUAUCAUCCAGAAAGUAAUGGGUUAUGUGAAAGGACUAACAGAAUAGUUAAAGAUACUUUAUAUGCACUAACUGAGAAGAAUCCUCGCCGAUGGGACACGAUGAUACCUCAUGUUAGGUUUGCUAUCAAUUCUUCAGUUAACAGGUCGGUAAAUAACCAACCCUUAUAUUUGAUGCUUGGACAAUCUAUACAUUAUCCAGUUGGAUUAACAAACAAAUUGACUAUAAAUAAACCUGCUAAUGAAAGAUUUGCAAAGUUAAUUCAGGCACGUGAUGCAGCUGUACUUGCAAGUAAACAAUGUAGAGAAUAUAACAAAGAUUACGUUGCAAGGAAGUCUAUACCUGCUACUGAUUUGGAUGUUGGUAGUCUAAUUUUACGAAAAAGUCCUCCUCAGAAAGCCACUGGUCUGACGGCACACUGGACAGGUCCCUUAAGGAUCACAAAGCGCACUGGACCUGUGACUUAUCUGGUGAAAGACCUGGUAAAGAACAGUGUUUAUCGACUUCAUCGUAAUAAUAUGCUGCCCUACGAGGCACAAGACGAACUGGAGAUAGUGAGUCCAGAUGGUGUUCUUGUAGAACACUCUCCUGAUGAUCCGUUAAGUGUUAUGAUGUUAUCUCUUGUGAGAAGAUUUACACGCUAUCUGCAUGGUCUGUUCCUGCCGCUGUCCUGAUGAGUUGUUCUGAUCAAUGAAACCAAGUGGAUCUGAUGCUGUUUGCUGCUGUCAUCCCAGUGGAUUGAAUGUCAUGACUUGUUGCAGCCCUGUUCCAGCAUCCGACCACCUUGUGGAGUCCCACGGCCUAGAAUCCUGCCUUAUCUCUGCCCUGAUCUGUUCCUGCUUUUUCUUGUACAUUGCCGAUGCAAGCUCGCAUGCUGAUAGUGGACCUCGGAACCUGAGUACCUGCAACCCUAUGACCCACUGAAUGUGACGCCCAAAGGAUUUCGCACCAGAUUCCAGCCUCAUUUUGGUGGAAGGGUGUCGGCUCUCGCCUUGAGCCGAUAGUCAGUCGAGGGUUCCCAAGUCACCCUCUCCUUUUCCGGGAUCGGGAGGGAUGUAGUGAGGCAGCCAUACGUCUUUUUCCACGGGACUUUCAACCCUAUUUUCGCCUUAGCCUGCGUCGCAUCUUAAAGGAGUUACAAACCAGCAAACAACCCUUCGUCUUGGAAGACCAUCGGCCAGGACUACUACCUACCCGCGCUAAAUUUACGUCAGAGCAAUUGCUGAGCUUCUCAGGCAGUUGGCUGAGAGCUCGUGACCUGUACACACCAUUUAUAAGUAUCUGGCUUUUGUUGUUUCUUUUUUUAUUAUUGAUGCUCGUUUUUUUAUUGUCAUUGUGUCUAUCAUUUUGUUUAAUUUAAUAAAUGUGUAUCUUUCUGUC